CUGAAAAGUCGGAGAGAACCCUUUCGUUUGCCCCCCCCCCAACUCCUUGUCAUUUUCUCCAACAUGUUUGACACCAUCUAUUCCAUCUUUUUCUGGAUAGGCUUUUUGGCCGUGGUUCCCUACGUUAUACUGGUUAUUUAUGGCGCGUAUGGUUGUAAGGAACAGGACUUGAAGAAAAAGUACAAUGCCAAGUGGGCACUUGUCACUGGCGGUUCAUCGGGUAUCGGUGCCGCCCUUGUACGCAAACUGGCCGGACAACAACUCAACGUGGUGAUUGUUGCGUUGGACGAUCAACUGUUCAAAGACUUCAAGGCCAAAAUCGUUCAAGAAUUUCCUAGCCUGGAGUUCCGAUUCGUUGCAUGCGACCUUUCGACAGCAUCAGGCGAUGCGUACCUUGACGCUAUCAAAGCAGCGACCAAUGAUAUUGACAUUCAGAUCUUGUGCAACAAUGCUGGUUUUAUUACGACCGGAUGUUUUGCAGAUACGGCUGAAAAGCGCAACAUGGCCAACUACCAUACUAAUGUCACCGCCUGCUUGACCUUAUCGCAUCAUUUCUUGAACCGCAUGUUGGAUAAGGGACUCAAGGGACUGGUCACCUAUACUUCGAGCAGUGCUGGCUUCAUUCCCAAUCCUAUGGGUGCAUUGUAUGCUUCGACAAAGGACUUUUUGACUACGUUUGCUGCCUCUAUUGCUGCCGAACAUGUUGAAGAUGGCAUUGAUGUGCUUGUGAUUCACCCAUCGCCGAUCAAUUCCAACUUUUACAGCAACGCUGGCAAAAUGUCUGCUCUCCUGUCUGCCCAAAAAAUCUCAUCGCCUCCAUCCGUGGUCGCCGACACUGUCUGUCGCAAUGCUGGUAAAGUGGUCGUUGCCGACCAAGGUAUCAUCACAGUCCUCAUGAAGAUUGGCUUGACCAAGGUGUUGGACUGGAAUGUUUUCACUGAAAUAAUGAAGUUGGCCAUUCCAUUCAAUGGUGACUACAAGGCCAUGAAGGUCAGACGUGAAAUCAAGCGUGAUUGAAGAAAAGAUCUCUCUCUCUCUCGGGUAAUAAAUGAUUAUAAUUUAAUAUUAAUGGUAGUAGCAUAACCUAUUAAAGGUGCAUCGAGUGAAAGCGAUUCUUAU